GUCUGAACUUGGAUAUUCUUCAAGGAGAGGGCAGGGGCAGUCCUGACUACCCGAGGAACACGUAUCCAAUGGGAGGCCAAAGCCCCAUGUUUUUCACUGGAGUCCUUUUGGCUGUUUUGAUUUCGCCUGCACUGGCUGGACCGUGGGCCAUUAUAUGUGCCGGCAAGUCUUCCAAUGAGAUCAGGACGUGUGACAGCCAUGGCUGUGGCCAGUACACUGCUCAGAGAAAUCAGAGGCUUCACCAGGGUGUGGACAUCUUGUGCUCAGAUGGAUCUACCGUGUAUGCACCUUUCACUGGAAUGAUUGUGGGCCAGGAGAAACCUUAUAAAAACAGAAAUGCCAUCAAUAACGGUGUCCGGAUCUCUGGAAGAGGUUUCUGUAUUAAAAUGUUCUACAUUAAGCCAGUUAAAUACAAAGGUUCUAUCAAGAAGGGAGAAAAACUGGGAACACUCCUGCCCUUGCAGAAAGUGUAUCCUGGCAUACAAUCUCAUGUACAUAUUGAAAACUGUGACUUGACUGAUCCUACUGUGUACCUAUAAAUGGAAGACAACCAGAUCUUCUAAAGAGAGAGCCACAGUCUCAAAAUCUGGGUACAAAUCCUGCUGUUCAACAAAUCUGUGAUCAAAAAGAAACAGGAUAAAUGCAAGAAAGAAAACCACAAACCGCAUUUUGAUUUCAACUCAUUCCCACGCUGAUGUUUUGAAUGUCAAUUUGGUUUCUCAGGACUGAUCUUUCUGUAACCUAUGGUUUCUGG